AUGUCUGAGAGCUCGUCCAGCAAGGAGGGUCCCCCGGUCGAGUGCCCCGUGUGCUACGAGAAGUUCCAGGUGCAGGAGGCCACGCACCGCAGGCUGAGCUGCGGGCACACCUUCUGCCACGACUGCCUGGUGAAGUGCCUGCUCUGUGCCAAGCUUGAUGGCCAGCUACAGAGCAGCAUCAUCUGCCCCGUCUGCCGCUACGUCACCUUCCUCAGCAAGAAGAAAGCUCAGUGGCCACCCAAAGCAGGCACCAAUGCCCGGACACUAGAGAUGCCUCUGUCAUCUUCCUCUUUGUCACAUCUGACCAAAACAGAGGCCAGCAACACCUUGGUGGUGCCCAGUCAUUUUGUGAUGCCAGUGCAGAGCUUUGACCCGUGUGGCAGCACAGGGAACAGCACCAUGGGUGUGCAAGGGGGCCCGGGAGAGCUGGCGCGGGAAGCCCACAUCUUUGUCAUCAGCGACCAUGGGAUGCCACUAGUGGACGUGGACUGCAGCUCCCUGGGGAGGAGAAGCAGGGUGGAAACAUGGAGAUCGGUGUCAUCCAGCUCGGCCCUGGGGGUGAAAUGCUGCCAGUCACCCAUUGCCCUCGCUGUCCUCCUCAUCCUGACCGUGGCCAUGCUGGCGGCCGUGCUCCCUUGGCUACUGCUGGUCAAGAGGGACUCGUAG